CUCGUGAUAUCAUUCAGGGAUGCGGCCGCCGCUGGAGGAGGAGGACGAGGGGGGUUGCCGAACCGAGGCGAUCCGAACGGGCCUUCCCCACCCGAAAUCCACCUCGUAAAUCGGAAACCCGCACCAGCUGGUGAACAAAAAACCCUCCAUCUCUCCCUUGACAUACUUUUCAAAAUACCCGAGAACGUCCCCCAAGUACACCUCCCCAUCCUUUUCCGAUCCCGCGAUGUAGCCCUCGUCCACCUUCCGUAUCGACUCCCUCAAUUUCCCCGCCAGCUCGCGAAACUCCCGACCCUUUUCCGAAUACGCGAACGACAUCAUCAAACAGUUGCCGAACACGUUCUCCAGACCUUUCUUCCUUUUCCUCAGGCUCACCGUGUGGAUUGCCGCAGCCAAUUCCUUCCCACCGUUACACGCCUCGAUGAAGCUCUCCCAUAUGAAAGCCGAGACGAGCUCCACACGCGUGUGGCCCCCCGUCGCCCGCCUCCCGAGGGCCGCCAGCUUGUCCUUGUCGAAUGCGAAAAGCUUGGUGGCCCUCGUCUGUCAAGGGGUGGGGGACUCCUCCUGUUCGGAGCUCCUCUCGGGCCGGGAAAUAGCCCGACAGGUCGAAGCCGAGCGCCGGCCGACAGCCGCCGGCCGCCCACGUCUGGAGGAGCGCGGUCACGGGACGUGCAGUCGGCGAUGUGCGCGAAGCGGACGGCAACGGCUAAGCCUCCGCACGGGAAGAAAUUGAGCUGCGCGAGGAGGAGUGGGUACGACGAGACGUCCUCCGUACCGGGCGGAGUCGUGUGGGUCCCGCGCGGCGUCGGCGAGGGGGAGGCCGGUGACCCGAGCGACGGAGAGCUCGGCGCCGGCGUCGUUGCAAUCGACGGUGGAGGAGUGUUUGAGGAGGCGGCCGGCGAAGGGGUAGAAAGAGGUGAGGGCGUGAGAGAGGGAUUCACUCAGGCGUCGGGAGGUUCGGUGGAGGUGGUGGUGGUCGUCGUUAGGGUUGUAGAAGAAGAUGAUGGAGAUGUAGAGAGAGUUUGUGAGUUCGGAGGUGUUGUGGAGUUGGGGACGAUGGCUUCACUGUCUCAGUUGAGAUUAUCUCCACCACCACAGGGCUGCUUUCUGGUGAACAAAAAACCCUCCAUUUCUCCCGUCAUAUACUUGGAAAAAAACCCAAAAACGUCCCCCAAGUACAUGCCUCCAUCCUUUUCCGAUCCUGCGAUGUAUCCCUCGUCCACCUUCCGUAUCGACUCCCUCAAUUUCCCCGCCAGCUCGCGAAACUCCCGACCCUUUUCGGAGUACGCGAAUGACAUCAUCAAACAGUUGCCGAACACGUUCUCCAGAGCUUUCUUCCUUUUCCUCAGGUUCACCGCGUGGGUCGCCGCAACCAACUCCUUCACACCAUUACAUGCCUCGAUGAAGCUCUCCCAUAUGAAAGCCGACACGAGCUCCACGCGCGUGUGGCCACCCGCCGCCCGCCGCCCGAGGGCCGCCAGCUUGGCCUCGUCGAACUCGAAAAGCUUGGUCCGGGGAGUUGGAUUUCUGCCGGCCGGAGCUCCUCUCGGGCCGGGAAAUAGCCCGACAGGUCGAAACCGAGCGCCGGCCGACCGCCGCCGGCGGCCCAUGUCUUCGUGCGGGUCCCGCGCGGCGUCGGCAAGGGGGAGGCCGGUGACCCGAGCGACGGAGAGUUCGGCGCCGGCGUCGUUGCAAUCGACGGUGGAGGAGUGUUUUGAGGAGGCGGCCGGCGAAAGGGUAGAAAGAGGUGAGGGCGUGGGAGAGGGAUUCGCUCAGGCGUCGGGAAGUUUGUUUGAGAUGGUCAUCGUCGUUAGGGAUUGUUUGGUUGUGAAGAAGAUGAGAGAGAUGUAUAUUGAGGUGGAUAAUUGGUCGAGGAGAGUUUGUGCGUUCGGAGGUGUUGGGGAGUUGGGGAAGAUGGCUUCACUGUCUCUCUUGAGAUUAUAUCCACCACCACAGAGCUGCUUUGUGCCAUCU